AUGAGUACUCUUUUCCAUCCAAUGUCACGUACCUUGAAUCUGAGAGGAGUUUCAGGUUGUCUCACGCCUCAUCAGGCUGAGCUCAAUCAAAACUUCAACAGAAAAUCGGAAAACUUGUCUUCAUCUUCAGAUUCAAAUCUGACCACCACCACAACUAUUUUAUCGCCGCCAUUAUCACCAUACCAACGCUCCAAUGAUACCACUGAUGACCAUGACGAAUUAUUAAAUGAAGAACUGACAAAGAAGUCUUAUGUUCCAUCCACCCAACCAUUCAAGGUGGAGAACUACAAGGAAUACAAGAUGGUUGUAAAUCCAUGGUCCAACCUAGACCGCCACUACAAGAGUCGUCAUCUUGACUUUUUAGAGCAGUACUCAACGAUGUCUGCGCGCGAGGUUCUCCUGUCUUCUUCACGCCUUGUUGAAGCGAGAAGAAGAAGACGUGCACCUCUUGCGUUCGGUGGAUCUGACAGCGACUCAGAGUCCGGUUUAGAUCGGGUCAGAACUCGUAGGGUCGCAAAGGAGUCGUCUGUAAAUUCUUCGGAUAAGGAUGAUUUGGCUUCGUUCCCACCUUCUACUCCAAGGCGCAAGAAGCCAAGAAAGGAAGCCAGUUACGCUGGGUCCCCAUUGGCUUUGCAGCAAGCUGCGUUGAUCGACGAGAACAUUCCUGAUUACUCCCCCAGUAUAGAGACGUUAUCCAAGGCCAACAAUAGAAGCUUAAAAGUUGAAUGGAAGGGCCAGCCAAUGGAUUUAAGAGGAGACCCCAACGUGGACAAGUUACAUCCAGCUGAAGUGGUACUUGCGUCCACAUUGAGGUUACCUUGUAAUGUCUAUUUGGACUCCAAAAGAAGACUCUUCUACGAAAAAGUGCUGAGAAUGAGAGGAGGAAUGCAAUUUAGAAGAACCGACGCCCAAAAGGCUUGCCGCAUCGACGUCAACAAGGCCAGUAGACUAUUUGCGGCGUUCGAAAAGGUGGGUUGGUUAGACGACAGCUUGUUUGUGAAGUACCUUUAG